CUAAUGCGCUGGCAGAUUGUUGGCCCACCGAUAACAAGUGUCAAUUGAUAUCGGAACGAACACAAUACGUUCACACUACAAUCUGUUAUUUGUUUUAUUAAAAAAAAUGGCCCAAAGAACAAAAAAUGACUCAAGUAAUGGCACGACAACUGAAGAAACAGAUGGAAGUCUAUCACAAACCGCUCCAACACUGCACUUGCGCCUGGAACAGCCCCGAGACGAACGCCGUGUCAUUUUCCACGAAGGUGUCAUAGACAAUGAGCAUUUGAAUCGCAAGAAAUCCAAAUGCUGCUGCAUAUACAAGAAACCCAUGGCAUUUGGUGAAAGUUCCUCGGAGGAUGAUGAAGAUUGUGAGCACUGUUUUGGACACCCCGAGAAGCGCAAGCGAAACGCCAAACACAAUAAUAAUCACGAUAAUGACGAGCCAUCUACAUCGGCACAGGCUUCAGCGCAGCCAGGAGCCAGCUCCCCACCCGCUGAGCCUGUUGCUGCGCCUGCAAAGCCCACGUCCAAUCCAGCCACACCCACUGACCAGUGCGAACAGACGAGCGAGUCGUAGGACGAACACCAUUUUGAUUAUGUAUAAUAUUAAAAACGUUAACAAGUUGUAACUAAAUACUAACAGCUAUAAACAAACAAUCUAUUCUUCCGGCAGUAAGAA